AUGUCUCUUGCAAAACUUACCGCAUUGCAUUUUCUGGAGGCAUGGACUCCUGGGGAUUCAGUUACGCCACUUCGCUGGGCGAUAAUUUAUGAAAAGCCGCAGCUUGUCAGGACACUACUGGCGCUUGGGGCAGAAUUCGCGCGUGAAACGUUUCUUAUGCCGUCAAUAGCGGAAUUAGGCGAGGAAAUGAAGAGAGUAGAAGGCAGUUUAUUGCUAGAAACGCCUUGCACAAAUCUAGAGAUCUUAGAGAUGUUCUUUGCUAGAGCUAGGGUCCCAGGAAUAUCAUCAGAGCUCUCACAGACGCCUUUGGGUCUUUUGAUCUGCGAGUAUGACGGGCCCCAACGAAGAUUACGUCAAGGAUUUGAAUGCUGGGAGAAAAUUAGAAAGGCCCUCUCACUUUGUUUACAAUUGGAGCCUGGAAGUGAGGAUGCUGCAUUGUAUGAGGCUGUGAGAUUCGGCCAUGUUGAUAUUGUUCGAUAUUUCCUUAGAGAAUUUGAAAGCAAUGUUCAGAGUCAAAAUAGGGGGCUUACUUAUCUUCAUACUGCUGUUCUAUAUGGACAUAUUGAGAUGGUUGAAUUUUUACUCUCUGAGGGAGCAGAAGCACAUAUCCGAACGGAUAAAAGGCAGUUGACUUGUUAUCAUUUAUUGAUGAUGAGACCAAGAGACGGAGAAACAUUACGUCGAACACUAGAAUUAUUGUCAAAUUGCAAGCCGGUGAUUGAAGUUGGUGCCAAGGAAAUGACAAGUUCUCUUACAGCACUUCAUAUGGCAGUCAGGAAUGGGAAUCUUUACGGUGUGGAAUGGCUCUUGAAAAUGGGUGCAGACAGGAAGAUUCCAGUGACUGAUCAGCUAGAACUACUAUCUACUGGUAUCAGAGGAUACCUCGGCCAAGUAAAAGAUUGCCCUCGACUAUUCACAGGCCAACUUACAAUUCUGGGAGAAGUGGUUGCUCAAUAUAUUCAAGACGGCUACUACAAACCUCAAUACAUUGCUGCUCUUCUUGACACGGUCCUUGCGGAGUGCGAUGGGACAAUCUCGUUGGAAGAUUUACUAAUUGAUGGGGGGUCCAGUAUUAGUCUUCUUCAUCUUUUAUCCAUCAUUCCUUUUCCUACUCCUGAUCGAAGUGUUCACACGUGGAAUGGAUUUAUCAUGGAUGAUAGCGACGAUGAAGAUACCCAUCGUACUCCAGCACCUCUAGCCAACACUCGUGAUCUGCACGGUGAUACACCUCUUCAUUACGCAUGUGCCGCAUGCGAAAUCUACGCCAUAAAGGCCCUCCUAUCUGCAGGUGCGGAUCCUUAUGCUCAAAACAAUUUUGGUCUUCGUCCUAUUGAGGUUUUAUGCUGGACUAGGAUUUUCUGCGGAGGCCAAAGUUUUCGGGUCAGAUUUGACACUGGGAAACAGGGGUAUCCAGUAUAUAGGCAGAGAGAAGUGAAAGAAAAUCAAGUAAAAGAAGCGGUUGUUCACGAGGGAUAUACGUUAGGAAUGAAGAGGGCAUUUGAAGUCUUCGAAAAUAGGGGAUGUGUUGUAGAUGCGAGGCCAAAGAGCUUAGCUCUAGCGUGGGGAGUUCUGAGAGAGGGAUACGCGUCGGAGGAAAGAGGGUUGGGAUUGAAGAGGAUGAAUUAUCUGAAGGAGGAAAAGGUGGGCGAAAAGAAUAAAACGCACGACAAGAAUGUCAAUGUUGACGAGAAAGAAGACGUCGACAAAUACAUAUGUAAGAUAUUCUUAGAGUCAUCUCGCUAUUGA